GAAGUCUGGGGGAUUGGGCGCGGUGUCCUGAGUCGAAGAGACGGACGGAUGGAUGCAGUUGGCAAGGGAUCGCUUAGAGAAAGAAGUCCCCCCGGACCCAAAAAGCCAUGUGCUAAAGCACCGAACGAGUUGCAAGGGCCAAAUUCGGUAGAGAUGUGUGCUUGGGAUGAUCUGCACGAGGGGCCCGAGUCCAAAGCGGAUGUUCACCGUUGGCACCAAUGGGAUCGUCAGUGGCGCUUGUCCGACAGCCUCGACCCAAAACUGAGGUCUCCAACAGCAGCUGGCGGCGGGGGAGCGGUUAGCCCUAAAUACAAAGUAACUGGAUAG